UUUCAGAAAAAGACAAAGUACUCAGCAACCCGCAGGUUACUGCUGAAGCAAAAGCUACUGAAGAAAGCUGGGGUCUUGCUGGUCCAGGAGCAAAGCAACAAGGUGACAGAGAGGGAGAGCACCUUGAGCGAGAGAGUACCACCGCUGAAACUCUCCGGCCUAUCUGUGCAAGAGCUUCAGGAGCUCUGUAAGGAACUGCACAGGAAAUGUGACACGGUGGAUGAGGCACGAUACGAUAUCGAAGCAAAAGUGCUCAAGAAUGAGAAAGAGCUCGCGGACCUGAAUGCAAAGAUCAACGAGCUGAAGGGGGGGAAGCGACCUAACCUCAAGAGGGUCAAGAAGUCUGCCGACGCUAUGCUGGGGGCUCUGACUGAGGCCAAACUCAGCUCCAAGUCGGACUUCAAGUCCAACCUGAAGACAGUCAAGAAAGACAAGAAGGAAGAGGAGAAAGUGGACCCGGGUGACUGGCGUAAGAAUGUGGAGUCCAUGUCUGGAAUGGAGGGCAGAAAGAAGCUUUUCAAUAGCUAAAACAGUUACAAAUGCACUGGCUCUGUAGAGAUCUGUGGCUGCAUUACCUGCUUGUUUACUCAUUCAUAUUUAGGAUUUUCAUGAAAAUAUAUUUUUGCAGUGAGAUUGUGUGUUUUUGAAGGAAAGUAUGAAGUGUGAGGUAUUUUACACUAAAGACUAUGGGAACUGUUUAGACAGUGGGAACUAAUCAAUAGGUGUAAUUACAAACUAUCUAGUGUCGGCUACUUUGGAUCAUUAUUUUUUCGAUGUCGUGUUUGAUUUAGAUUCCUAUAAAGAGAAAAUAGAACAGUGUGGAACAACGUUAUUAUGCUCAUCAUACUAGUUCAUUUUGUAAAUAUUAAAUUCCAGUUUGUUAUUAAAACAUCAAUUAUUCUGUUUUGGUUUAAUAUCUGUGUGUCUGCCAAUAUUGCUGAUUAAAAGAAAUAUGAUGAA